ACUCAAUUCCCUCCUACCUCCAAGCAUCCAUCCAUGGCGAAGAAGAUGGCUAUUCUUCCCCUUCUCUUCAUCUUCUCUGUCCUCGCCUCCUCUUCCCGUGCUCUCGUCCAGGACUUCUGCGUCGCUGACCUCAAAUCUUCCGAUACCCCCUCCGGAUUCCCUUGCAAGAAGGCAGCCUUCGUCACUGAAAAGGACUUUGUUUACUCUGGCCUCGGGGUUGCUGGUAACACCUCAAACAUUAUCAAGGCGGCCGUGACUCCGGCCUUCACCGCCCAAUUCCCAGGAGUGAACGGGCUAGGAAUCUCGUUGGCCCGCCUUGACCUAGCCAUCGGCGGUGUGAUUCCGUUCCACACCCACCCGGCGGGCUCAGAGAUUCUAGUGGUGAUCGAAGGAACGAUCUGCGCCGGGUUCAUUUCGUCGGCGAAUACAGUCUACUUCAAAACGCUGAACAAAGGGGACAUUAUGGUGUUCCCUCAAGGGCUGCUGCAUUUCCAAAUAAACUCCGGCAAGUCCAAUGCUCUGGCGUUCGUUAGCUUUAGCAGCCCGAACCCCGGCCUGCAGAUCCUUGACUUCGCCUUGUUCGGGAACGAGUUGCCGACCGAUAUCGUGGCAAAGACGACGUUCUUGGACAUUGCUCAGAUCAAGAAGUUGAAGGGAGUUUUGGGGGGGAGUGGUUGAUCCAAUUUUUGUUGGUUUCUUUUUUAGUUACGUUGUUCAUGUGUUUGGUUGUUUAGUUGUCGUUUUUGUAUUGUUUUUGUUUUUGUUAUGGGUUUGGUGUUUGGUAUUGUGUUUUGUAGUUUUAAGGUGUUGUUUUAUAUUAUCCAUUGAUGUGUUUUUUUUUUACUCUUAGGCAGCAAUUUGGUUUCUUCUUUGCCUAAUUUAGAAUGAAGAAGUAAAUUGCUUCAAA